AUGAGUAGGAAAUAUGCAAGUUAUCUCAAGAAACUGAAAAUUGCCGGCGGGUCGAAACAAAGUCGAACCACGUGGUUAAUGGGAACGGAUAGCGACGACAGUGAUGGUGAGUACGAUGUUGAAGCAUGGGAGAUGUUGAGUAAGGGUUUGAAGGAAGUGCAAAGAGUGUUAGAAGAGAACAGAUUAUUGAUUCAACAAGUGAACGAGAAUCAUGAGUCGAAGAUUCACGAUAAUUUGGUGAAAAAUGUCGCGUUGAUUCAGGAAAUCAAUGGUAACAUAUCGAAGAUUAGAACCGUUUAUUCGAGUAUAUCUGUUAAUUUGUGCCACUUUGUUAGUCGACGAAGUGUGAAAAAUGAAAAUGUGACCUGA